UGCUAUCAAUGUCCUUUACACUCGACUGGAAUGCGUUUAAAAUUAGGAUUGAUAUAACUAACGUGCAUUCUUUUAUAGUUAGCAAGUUAGCCAGUUAGCUUAGCCUAGAUUUUGCCCUGUGGUCAAAAUUAUGUAUGUCAACACUACCUAAAAACCUAAUAACUGUUAACGUUACAUAACUUCACAGCCUCAGCAAUGUGAAUUAAGAGAACUGUCUAGUACAGUACUGGAAAGACGCAUUUUAUAUCAUGAUAUACAUUUCACUCGAAGCGUAGCCACGUCAACACAGCUGUCAAGCUAAGUUGUUUUUGUUUUCACUGUUAGCAAAGUCGCUAAUAUUAGCCAGACAAGCUAGCAGACAUUGUAUCGAGUGUCGACUGAAGAACAGUUGGAAGCGUCUGGUCCGAAGCACCUCGAUGAUAUGACAGACGACUGUAUUAACAGUUUCAUGUAGCCUACACCAUGGGCCUGUGAAGUGACAGCUUUGAUGUUGUUAUCAGCAUGGAUGGAGAGACUCCUCAAAUUCAUCUGGUUUCAGGAGAAGGUGCAGCAGUGGGACUAGGACAUCGCAUUCAGAUUGUGACAGAUCAACAGACAGGCCAGAAACUACAGAUUGUUACAGCAUUGGAGCAGCUGUCUGGUGGGAAACAGCAGUUCAUCUUGGCCAAUGCAGACUAUGCCACAGCAGGCAAAGUGAUUCUAACCAAGCAGGAAUCUCCUCAGGGCAAAGUCAUUCUUGCUACACCUGAUGGCAAUCAGCUACUGUUUACCUCCUCUGAUCUAGCUGGACAACAAAUACAGUUUGUGACUGAAGAUGGUUGUGAGCAGUCACCUGUCAAGACUGUGGUUGAAUACUGUGUGGUGUGUGGAGACAAAGCCUCAGGGCGACACUAUGGGGCUGUGAGCUGUGAGGGCUGUAAAGGGUUCUUCAAGCGGAGCAUCCGGAAGAAUCUCAUGUACACAUGCAGAGGGUCAGGAGAGUGUGUAAUCAACAAGCAUCAUCGCAACCGCUGUCAAUAUUGUCGACUGCAGCGCUGCAUAGCUGUUGGCAUGAAGCAAGAAUCUGUUCAGUGUGAGAGGAAGCCAGUGGAGGUAUGCAGAGAAAAGCCCAACAACUGUGCUGCAUCCACAGAGAAAAUCUACAUCCGGAAGAACCUGUGCAGCCCACUGACUGCAAUGCCCACCUUUGUGACCAACAAAGCAGCAAAGUCCUCAGGUUUGCUGGAGUCUAGCAUGCUACUAAACAUUCAGCAACCUUUCCCCAAAGUGGAAAACACAGUCCUGCUCUCAGCAUCUCCUGAAAUGAAUGAGCACUCCCAGGAUGACCUGAGCACUCUGGCAAAUGUGGUCACGUCCUUGGACCACCUGAACAAGGUCCGGGAGAUGAGCGAUGGCUGCCCUGACGCAAUGACCACAGAGACGCAAAGCAACGACGAUGGUACAACAGCUGAGGUUCAGAUGGAUAACGAGCAAAGUGCGAGUGACAUUACAAGAGCAUUGGACACCCUGGCAAAGGCUCUGAACCCCGGAGACAGCCCUGCUGAGGAGUCCCUGGAGGCCACCAUGCAGCUGGUGUCGGGAGACCAGUCUGGCAGCAUCCUGGAGCUGGAGGGUCCCCUGCUCUCAGACAGCCAUGUGCCCUUCAAACUAAUGAUGCCUUCACCCACGCCCGAAUACCUCAAUGUGAACUACAUCUGUGAGUCAGCCUCCCGCCUCCUCUUCCUCUCAGUGCACUGGGCGCGCUCCAUACCUGCAUUCCAACUUUUAGGUGGGCAAGAGAAUGAAAUCAACUUGAUGAAGGCUUGUUGGAAUGAGCUGUUUGCUCUCGGCCUGGCUCAGUGUUCCAAUGUGAUGAACGUAGCCACCAUCCUGGCAGCCAUCAUCAGCCAUCUUCAGACCAGUCUACAGGAAGAGAAGGUCUCUGCCGAGAGGAUCAAGCUGGUGAUGGAGCACAUCUGGAGGAUGCAGGAGUUCUGCAACAGCAUGGCCAAACUCUCCCCAGAUGCGUACGAGUACGCCUACCUCAAAGCAGCCGUCCUCUUCAGCCCUGAUCAUCCAGGCAUUGACAACACCUUGCAGAUUGAGCGGUUCCAGGAUAAAGCCAUCAUGGAGCUUCAGGACUAUGUGGCCAGGACCUAUCCUGAGGACACAUACAGGCUGUCCAAGCUGCUCUUGCGUCUCCCGGCGCUCCGGCUGAUGAGUGCGGCCAUCACAGAGGAGCUCUUCUUCGCUGGUCUCAUUGGCAACGUCCAGAUCGACAGCAUCAUCCCCUACAUCCUUAAGAUGGAGUCCACCGACUACAACAGCCAGGUGGUCACUUCGACAGCCUGAUUCAGUGAAGUCCACCGUCUUGGCUGCACUGCUGAUCACAGAUUGCAUGAGCAAGAUGGCCACCUGCGUAAGGUCCUCCUACCUUCAGCUGUUAAUACCGUGGAUGGAGUUAAUCAUUUCUGCCUUACAAGAGGAGAGAGAACAGGCCCGGAUAUGUGAUCAUCCAUGUACAGUAGGACAAAGAAGCGCAGCCCCUCAUGAGGUCUUGUCCUGGCAUUGACCUGAUCAUGACUAGACCUGGAUAGGCUUUGACACAAAACAUUUACUCAUGACCGGACAUGCCCCGGAACGUAAUGGCCACUGUGCAUAAAGGCUGCGACAGCCACACUAAAUGGUGAAGUUUCAUCAGCUGUUUCUGUAGUUUCAUUAGUUGAUUUAUCAUCGCAAUCAAAGCCAUAUAAACAGAACAUUUCAUUAAUCAGGCAAAUUCUUGCUUAUGGUGAAAUCCAUUAUAAUUAAUGUCAUGAACAAUGAUUGGAAUAAUGAUACCAAUCUAUUUAUUUAUUUAACAUUUAGCAGAGAUGGGAAUCCUCUGAAGGAGGGAUGAGCCAGCAUGUAAUUGUGUGGUCCAUAUGACUCACAAUUUCGUGAGCUUGGUGACUUAAAAGCUGAAUAAUGUAAACAAACAAACACCUAGCAGAACCCAGAGCUGUGCCCACACAAAACAUGCUCCACCAGCCCAGUUAUUUCUUUUACCACAGGUUUAGCUAUGAAUGCUUUGGGAGUUAAUGUAUACGCAAUCAACAUUUUUUUGAAAUUCCAUGUUUCAUUGUAAGCAUUUUUAUGGUUAUAGUAUAGAGUUUUUCUAUUUUCAUAUGUUUUAUGUUAUUUUGGAACAUUUGAGAUUUGCACGCUUUUAGUAUUAGUUUUAAGGGUAUCGGACCACAUGGUACCCAUCUUGCCGUUCCAUCUCAACUCUGUUCUCGUUUUACUAUCUUCUGAUCCAAAUGUGGUGAGUGUGGCCGACAUCCCACAAAAAAAAAAACUCAUGCAAAUUGGGCCAUGUUGGCCUCAAUAGGCUGCAACAAAUAAUUGAUUAGUUGUUAACUAUUAAAUUAACCGCCAACUGUUUUGGUUAUAAAUUAAUUGGUCCGUCUUGUUUAAUUUUCUUUUUUUUUUUUACUGCUCUGACAAUAAACUGAAUAUGUUUGGCGUUAGGACAAAACCAGGCAUCUUAAGAUGUCACUUUGGGCUCUGGAAAACACUGACUGACAUUUCAUACCAUCUUAUAGCCCAAACAGCUAAUUCAUGAAUUGAAAAAAUAAUCAACUGAUUCAUUGAUUAUGAGAACAGUGAGUUUAAGUUACAGCCCUAAUUGUGACGUUGUAACUUCAGAGGCCUUUACAGGGUUGUUUUAGCUUAUGACCUUUUUCUGUCAUACAUGUAUAAAUUUGUAUAUAGGUAGGCCUAUAUAGGCCCGCCCUUCUGAGAACAACUUGGAGGGGAAGUGAAGCCAUUUUUUUUUUUGUAUUAGUUGGUUGUUGUAACUUUGAUCAUGUAAAACUUCAGCUUUCAACAGCCAUUUGCAUGUUCUUAAGGAAAUCUUUUUUUUUACUUAAAAGUGUCAAAAGUGUCCGGUUGUCUUUGUCUUUGAUUUCACAAUUUAAUGAAUUUGCUUUUUUGUAUGACUUCAGACUUGAGUUUAGUUUCCCGAAAUUGUUGAGGGCUUCGAAAGGUUUUUAAACAGAGAAAAGAAAAGUUAAAAUGACUACAAUAUGUGGCAAAAUAAUAUUGAAAUGUAAAAAGGAAAGAGGAAGCAGAACAAUGGCUUGCCUUUGAGCUACUGAUUAUGAGUAUGACAACAGAGGAAAACACGUAACCCAAUUAUGUUUCAAUGAUGUUGCAGCUGGAGUCCUUCAAUUAAGGGAUAUAGCUGACCCACAGCAACAACUUGAUGUUAUUCAACAUUCAAUUUGAAGUGUUUAGCAAAACAUAUUGGCAGCAUCAGCAUUCACAUUUCAGCCUAAUUUCUGUCAAAAAAUAAAUAACAUAA